AUGGCCACCUUUACCAUCCAGACCGUACCUGGCGCCCUCUUUGCGACUGCGCCUGCCAUACCUGGAGGCCCCAUCCAAUUCAUAGCCCAAAAUAACUUCCCGAAUCAACAGUGGGUUUUAACUCCGGCUGGGCUCACCCAGAUAGAGAACGUGGACUUCCCUGGACCAGGCUUUGCCAGUGUUGUGGGGCCGGGUGUUGUCGACGAGCUUGUCAACGUCGGUCCAGCACCACGUAACUGGUUUAUCGCCGCGGCUGGUGGCGGAAGCACUAUUCGACUCGCAGAUGCGGAGCCAUUUUUGUUCUGGGCGCUCAAUGACGACGAUGAAGCUAUUCUCGUCGCUGCACCAGCAGCGAUUUUCAAUAUCGUCCCCGUCCCCUUCCCCGGCUGA